GCGUCUCGAGGAAGGGCAGUUUACAAUCUCCAUGGUUACGAUGUGGCCCAGCUCUUGAAGUUUGACAGCUGGCUACAGUAGCUAACUACCUUGCACGAUAGCUUUCUAUCUAUCCUCUUACUAUUUAUUUUUUAGAUGAAGUGGUUUUAAACCGGUGCAAAAAUGAGUAUAUCAGUAACUCGAACAUUUAAUAAGCAAAAUGAAACCAACAAAGGUUUUACACAACAGCGAAUACACGACUAUCUAUAUGACCCCGUAUAUACUGUGUCCGGGGAAAUGGACCAUGCAAGGGCCAGCUUCAAGGCACAUGCAUCCGUGGACCGGGUGAGGAAGGUUCCAGAGUAUGGGUCCAUGUUCAGUCACCUACCUCACCACCCUCGUUACGUCUUGCGUCUGGACACCACUGACCCUGUGCCCACUUUUAUUGACCGCCGCUGGCGAGGGUACACAGAGCAGCGCAGAGAGGCAGUUCAGCAGCUGGCAAGGGUCGUUCCUGGUGCUCUGUUUCAGGUCAGAGGGUGCAAAGACAGCAGUGUUUCAGGCAUUGAUCGUUGGAAGUUUUUCAAGUGCCCCCUGAUCCCCUUUGCACAGCAGGUUCCCCCCGAUGUGGUCUUUGCAUUGCCCAAAGCUAACCCAUACUCUACAGUGGAGGGGGAUAGUGAGCAUCUGCCCACUCCAUUCCAGCGCACCAUGGGAGUGCAGACUGACUACAGGGACAGUGAGGCCCAGACGGACCCCUACACCCCCGAAUACGUGGUACGGCCCGGGACGGCCCGCCCAGAGCUGUUGACACUGGCCACACUGACAUGGGGUCGUGGUCUUCCGGCGGGUCUGGCGGAGGUGGAGAUGAUUGAGCGAACCAGGGUGAAGCGGGCGUGGGAGGCCACCCUGCCCCCCAUGGACGACCUGAGUCAACUGGACACGAGGAAGAGGAUGAUGGAUGAGAUGGAGAGGAAGGAGUGGGCCUUCAGGGAGGACGAGAUCCAGAAGCUGCAGGAGGCCCGCCUGGCCUUGCUGAUGGGUAUACUGAGGCAGAGGGAGGAGGUUCAGCAAGAGGCCACGGUGGACAGGCUGGACCUCAAGUACUCCCAGCACCAGAGAGACGAGAAGAGCAAGCUGAGCAAGAUACGCAAUGACUACAUCAUCUCAAUGAGGAAGCUGACAGCGAAAAGAAAAAAUGUGGAGGGAAAGCUAAAACGCCGUGACAUCAUCAAGGACUACUCCAACUACUCAUCUCAGACGUACGCCCCUCUGUCCCGCAUCGGCCUGUUCCCUGACCGCCACUCCCAACGCAACAUGGUCAAGAGCCGCUACCUUGAUAUCUAUGAAGGUCUGCUGGAGCUGGAGGCGGGACUUCCGGUCUCAGUGACAGAGCCAUGUAUCAAAGCACCUGUACCCAAAGUCAGCAAGGGCUUCGUCAAACGCUCCGCACGCAGAGAGAUGGAGCUCAUGAAGACACACCAGGCUCUGAAGGAGGAGAAGACUCGUGUGGAGGAGAAGAAGACCCUGCGCUUCCUCUUUAAGACAGAGAAAUCUGUUCCUCGACCACAGACCCCUGUGGUGGACGAGCCCCCUGAGGGGGACGAGGAGAGAGAGUUGGCUGUCAUCUACUUGCAGAAGCUGCUGAGGGGAAGAAGCAUUCAGAACCAGAUGUUUGAGGGGAAGGAGAAGCGUCUAGAGCUGAUCCAGGAGCUGAGAACCACUCAUGCCCUGCAGAGAGAGGAGCAGGAGCUCCAGAGAGCAGACACACAGCUCACGCUGGCUCUGCAGAGACAGAGAGAGCAACACACACACAAGGCAUCCUUGGUGGAGGGGUACCAGGCAGCUGUGGCAGGGGCGGAGCUUGUGGACAUGCUGGACUUCCUAUCGAAGGAGCUGAUUCGCCUACAGGAGGAACGCAGGAUCCAUGCGUUCACCUUAUUGGCCGAGAGAGACAGGCGCCUCCGAGAGGCCGAGGAGAGUGGGCGGAGACAGAUGGAAGAGAGGAGACGUAGAGAGGAGGAUGAGAUCUUCAAACAGGUGAUGAGGGUUCAUCAGGAGACAGUAGAUCUGUACCUGGAGGACAUCAUCCUUGGGACUCUGGACCAGACAGCAGACCAACAGGCCAGACAGGAGAUACGCAGAGUGGCAGAGGAGGUCAACAACAUCGCCUACGCCAUGGAGGAGACUCGGAGCAGCCUGCAGUCAGAGGAGAUCGUAGCAGAGCUGGUGUACAGCUUCCUGAUCCCUGAGGUACAGAAGAUCAACGUCAGAGACAGAGUGCGUCAGAGCCAGCGCAGGCACCUCCAGGCGGCUCACCAGAUCAUCCACGGGGGUGAAGAGAGCUCAGUGGCCCCUCCUCCUGGCUCCCCUGGGGCCCAGCGCCCCCCCUCGCCCUCAGACAGGGCCUCCAGCCAGCUCCUGGAGGAGAUGCUAACCCAUGUCGAGCAGAAGCUGGAGGGAGCAGGCAGGGGAGCGGAGGAGCGCAGGGAGGUGGGAGAGGCAGAGCAGAAAAGAACCAGCUGAGAAUAGAUUAAUUUUUCAACAGUAGAGAAAACACUUGGUGUUUCUUCAAGCAAUGCAUCUCCAAAGAGUUCAGUGUCAUGCUUUUGCUCAAAUAAGACUGAGAUUUUAUUGAAUUAUCAUUGUGUUUGUCUUGUUCUUACAUGCUGUGCUUGAUAAAGUGAGUUGCUAAGAAUUUUGAAAAAGCUGAGUCUAAGAUAUUUUUUCAUGGGUCAUUGGGUCAGAAGUUGCCUAGAUCAAAUAUAUGUAUUGUAUGGGUCAUGUUACUAAAGGCUCUUACUACAGGCACUGUCUACAAAACAUGUCGUCCCAUGAGUAUCGUGUGGGGGAGGCUGUGGUUAUCACUAGUUACCACAGCCACAAAGUCAUAAACCCCACCUAUUUCUACAAUUUAUCUUCAUAAAAUGUGAAACCUAAACUUAACCUUACCCUUAAGCUUAUGCCUAACCGUAAAUCAAGACCAAAAAACUGGAACCAUUUAACUCAGUUUUGUUUGUAGCCACGUCUUGUUUGGACAGCAUUGUGUAAAGUCACUGGUUCACUGACCAUGGCGUGUGCAGAAAGUAGCCCAUCACUUUUUCCAACUGAUCUGUCGAUAGCACCUGCUAAAUUCAGGGCAUCAAUGUUGUUGAGAAAAGUAGCAAAAAUGUUGUAGUUCUUGAUGGCUAAAGUUAGGUAGAAAGGACUAUCAACACAUACUGAACAGCUCACGUUAUAGACAGAAGCAUACUAUAUGGGAGACCAAUCCAAACUCAUUUACUGGCAUGUCCAGCCCAUUCAUUAUCUCAGCUAAUCAUGGCUAGUGUGAAGGUUCCAGUCUUUCUGUGGCUAAACCAACUAGACUCAUAAUUUUAACAAUUUUAUCCGUAUUUAAGUAUGGAAUACAAGUUUGUUAUUAAGUCACAUGAAUGUUCACAUGUUCCAGAAGGCAUUUUAUGCCAAAAAACACAUUUGGAUGAAAUUAAAAUAAAUGUUUAUGCUCAAAUGCCUCUCCUGUGAAGUAGUGACGUGUGACAUGCGCCUAGUUUCCUGAAACGUGUCACAUUUAACUAUCUGGUGUCGAUAAAAACAUUGGACAUAAUGACGUCACACAAAAAUCAAGUGGUUCCAGUACCUUCAAAAUGAUUCUGCAAUCAUAAUUUAUUUAAAAAAACACCUUUUCCAUCAUUGCAAUAAAGAAUGUUUUACUGAAGAAAAAUCCACCCCGUCAACAACAUACAAAUAUUGUCGAUCUUUAGAACGUUUCUCCUGUAUCUGUCGUUUCCAUUACACAUGGCAAUGAUAUUUUUUACUACAUUUUUUUUCAGACUAAACCUAGGUAAAAGGAAAGCUGCCUAGUGAGUCACCACAAUUAGUCCAUAGCCUACUUGUAAAAAUGUAAAUUCUGAAAACGCUUACCUGUAUGUUUGUCCUGUACAACUGCAGUCCUUCCGCAGGGUGUUGAAAUAAAGACUUUUACCGAAUACAA